AUGCCUUCUUCUUCCAAUACCAAAAUCAUCUCAAGAUGCACUAUCCACCCUGACCAAGAAACCACAACCAUCAAAACCCUAAAGCUCUCAGUCUCUGACCUCCCCAUGCUUUCAUGUCAAUAUAUCCAAAAGGGUGUCCUCCUCACUUACCCACCAUACUCUAUUGACGACCUCGUCACAUUCCUCAAACACUCCCUCUCCACCGCUCUCUCUCACUUCCCUGCUCUCGCUGGACGCUUCCAAACUGACCCUACUGGCCAUGUCCAUAUUGUAUGCAACGAUGCUGGGGUUGAUUUCAUCCAAGCUAAAGCAAGACACCUCUCUAUCCACACCAUUCUUUCUCCAAAAGACGUCCCUGAAUGCGUCAAAGGGUUCUUCGCAUUCGACAAGACCCUCAGCUAUUCGGGUCAUUCCAAACCUUUAAUGGCAGUUCAGGUCACAGAACUGCAAGACGGCAUAUUUAUUGGCUGCACUGUAAACCAUGCUGUUACUGACGGCACUUCAUUCUGGCACUUUUUCAAUACCUUCGCUGAAAUCUGCCAAGGAUCUAAAAAAAUUUCCAAGUCUCCAAACUUUUCCCGCAACACCAUGUUUAAUUCACCGGCGGUGCUUCAAUUCCCAGCCGGUGGGCCGAAGGUGACAUUUUCUGGUGAGGAGCCAUUGCGGGAGAGAAUAUUCCACUUCAGCAGAGAAGCAAUUGUCAAGCUGAAACUCAAAGCUAAUAGCACUAAUUUAAUUUGCAAUUCGGCAGAGAUUUUCGGAAAGCAAAGUAACCACCGUUGGAAAGUCGUUAACGGAGAAAGUAACGGCAAAGUAGCCCCACUUUUCUUAAAGAACGAGAAAACGGCAGAGAUUUCCUCGUUUCAGUCCCUUUCCGCGCAGCUAUGGAGGUCGGUGACACGUGCGAGGAAAUUAACGCCGUCUAAAAUGACGACGUUUCGCAUGGCAGUGAAUUGCCGGCACCGGCUAGAGCCGCGGCUGGAGCCGUAUUACUUUGGGAACGCGAUUCAGAGCAUCCCGACGGUUGCUUCGGCUGGAGAGCUUUUAUCAAAGGAUCUGAGCUUCGGAGCUGAAUUGCUGCACCAAAACGUCGUCGCUCAUGGAGAUAGUACGGUGCGGAAGGGUAUAGCGGAUUGGGAAAAGGACCCGCGGUUAUUUCCGUUGGGGAAUUUUGAUGGCGCAUCAAUCACGAUGGGGAGUUCUCCAAGAUUCCCAAUGUACGAUAAUGAUUUUGGGUGGGGCCGACCAGUAGCUGUAAGGAGUGGUAGGGCCAAUAAAUUCGAUGGGAAGAUAUCAGCAUUUCCAGGGAGAGAUGGAAAAGGGAGCGUUGAUCUGGAGGUGGUUUUGGCACCUGAAACGAUGAAUGGGCUUGAAAACGAUGAUGAGUUUAUGCAAUAUGUUUCAGAAAUUGAUAUUGUGUGA